CCAUGCCUUUCUGAAUCUGCCCAGGCUGCUUCUGGAGCUUGAAUCAUUCUGUCUGCGCACUGGAUGCAACUGGGAUUUCCUUAAGUUAAAAACAUACUUCAGACAGAGUCUAUAGCAAGCCACGUCCCGCCGGUAUAGCUCGACAUCUCCACUCUACACUGACUUCAUCUACUGAUUUUGCAACGAUGGCGAGACGACGUUUCGGCUGUAUUUUGUAUCGUGUCUAAGCCGUAUUUGUCCCGUGCGCUGAUUUCUCUGGUUCCGACACCGGGACAUUUUUUUUGCUCUUGGUAUGUCGAAUUGUUGUAUGAAAAGAACUACCGAUUAAUUUCGCCACGUAUCUUGGUGAUGGAGUUUAUCCGAUUGUCGGGAAUGCGUAGACCUACUGGAAGACCUGCUAGGUGAGAAAGCCCGAGUUGCCCGCUUGAGCAGAGUAUGCAUCGGAACCACAGAAGUCUUUGUGCUGCCCCCUGAUCCAGUCUCCCAACGGUCCGCUCGUCAAGGGCUGUCGGUCGGACACUGAACUGCGUCAAAGCUGACUGCUCUGCUGGGACAGUAUCUCUGUUUGCGGAAGAUGAGCAGUGGAGACCCUCGGCGAUCGACUGAGUGCUGACCAUCACUACGCCUGGAUACGUGCUCACUCUUCCUCCCCUUCUUUGUUCAAACCUCUGUCGUUGCCCAGCGUCGGGAGGCUGUCCUCGACGAACAAAAUGGCUCCUUCAGUGUGCAAACGUCUGCUGCUGUAUGGGAUCUUCCUCACGGUGGCCUUUUACUGGUGCUCUGAAGCCUUCAGCCGGGCGGCGCUGCCGUUUGGUCUGGUGCGCAGGGAGCUGGCGUGUGAGGGCUACCCUAUCGACCUCCGCUGCCCGGGGAGUGAUGUCAUCAUGAUCGAGACGGCCAACUACGGCCGCACUGACGACAAGAUCUGUGACGCCGACCCCUUCCAGAUGGAAAACAUCAACUGCUACCUCCCAGAUGCCUACAAAAUCAUAUCUCAAAGGUGUAACAACCGGACGCAGUGCAUUGUCGUGACUGGCUCGGAGGUCUUCCCAGAUCCUUGUCCUGGGACUUACAAGUACCUUGAGGUCCAGUAUGAGUGUGUCCCAUACAAAGUGGAGCAAAAAGUUUUCAUUUGCCCGGGGACUCUGAAAGCAGUGGGGGAGCCUGCCUUUGUGUUCGAGGCAGAACAGCAAGCAGGAGCCUGGUGCAAAGACCCCCUGCAGGCUGGCGACAAGAUCUAUUUCAUGCCCUGGACUCCAUACCGCACGGACACGCUCAUAGAGUACAGCUCGCUGGACGACUUUCGCAGCGGCCGCCAGACCACCACUUACAAGCUGCCCCACCGCGUGGAUGGCACGGGCUUCGUGGCCUACGAUGGCGCCAUCUUCUUCAACAAGGAGCGCACGCGCAACAUCGUCAAGUUCGAUCUGCGCACACGCAUCAAGAGCGGCGAGGCCAUCGUGGCCAACGCCAACUACCACGACACGUCUCCCUACCGCUGGGGCGGCAAGACAGACAUCGACCUGGCCGUGGACGAGCGUGGCCUGUGGGUCAUCUAUGCCACCGAACAGAACAACGGGCGCAUCGUGCUGAGCCAGCUCAACCCGUACACGCUGCGCUUCGAGGCCACGUGGGACACGAUGUAUGACAAGCGUUCAGCUUCCAACGCCUUCAUGGUGUGCGGCAUGCUGCACGUGGUGCGCUCCACCUACGAGGAGAACGAGAGGGAGUCCAGCAAGAGCCAGAUCGACUACGUCUACAACACGCGCCUGGGCCAAGGCGAGCCCGCCGACAUCCUCUUCCCCAACCAGUACCAGUACCUCGCCGCGGUGGAAUACAACCCCCGUGACAACCAGCUCUACGUAUGGAAUAAUUUCUACAUCCUGCGGUACGACCUGGAGUUUGGGCCGCCGGAUCCCGACGAAGUGUCGUCCGUCGCAAAUGAGGUCACGUCGACAGCGUUCUCCCGGAGGAGCACGACGGCGGUCAGCAGCACCACCAACAGCGGCCCCCACCGUGGUCAGGCCAACGCGACGGCCACGCUGGGGCCCCUGGACCCUGUGCUGGAGCAGCCAGGAAGGCCCCACCCCACCAGCAACCAUCUUACGCCCUCGAGCAGGCGCUUCUGCGAGAGCACGGGCAUUCGCGACAUCGUCUGGCCCCAGACGCACAGGGGCAUGACCGUGGAGAGGCCGUGUCCGAAAGGGACCAGAGGCAUGGCUUCCUACCACUGUUCGGCCCAGAGCGGCACCUGGAGCACGAAGGGCCCGGACCUCAGCAACUGCACCUCCCACUGGGUCACACAGGUAGCGCAAAAGAUCCGGAGCGGAGAGAACGCGGCGAACCUUGCCAACGAGUUGGCGCGCCACACACAGGGCACCGUGUUUGCCGGCGAUGUCAGUUCCUCUGUGCGGCUCAUGGAGCAGCUGGUGGACAUCCUGGACGCCCAGCUUCAGGAACUCCGUCCCAGCGAGAAGGACUCGCCGGGACGCAGCUUCAUUAAGCGCCAAAAGCGAGAAAAGACAUGCAGGGCCUAUAUGAAGGCCAUCGUGGAUACGGUUGACAACCUCCUGAGGCCAGAGGCCCUGAAGUCCUGGGAGGACAUGAAUUCGACGGAGCAGACGCACACCGCCACCAUGUUGCUGGACACCUUGGAGGAAGGCGCCUUCGUCUUCGCAGACAACCUGAUUGAGCCUGCCAUUGUCAGUGUGCCUGCUGAUAAUAUAAUGCUGGACGUGCACGUGCUGAGCACCGAUGGCCAGGUCAAGGACUUCAGGUUUCCCCAGAGCAGCAGAGGAGGUGUCAGCAUCAAGCUCUCUGCCAACACGGUCAAACUGAACAGCAAGAACGGUGUCGCAAAGCUGGUCUUCGUGUUGUACAAGCACCUGGGCCGCUUUUUGACCACGGAGAACGCCACGCUCAGGCUGGUGGGCGAGAGCGGCGCGAGGAACCACACCCUCACCGUCAAUUCCCAUGUCCUGUCCGCCUCCAUGAACAAGGAGUCCAGCCGAGUCUUCGUUUCCGAGCCCGCCAUGUUCACCCUCCAACACCUCGACACCGAGAACUACUUCAACCCCAACUGCUCCUUCUGGAACUACUCUGAGAGGAGCAUGAUGGGAUACUGGUCCACUCAGGGCUGCAAGCUUCUGGGUACCAAUAAGACCCACACCACCUGCUCUUGCAGUCAUCUCACCAGCUUCGCCAUCCUCAUGGCCCACCGAGGACACGUGGACGACGGAAGCGUGCACGAGCUGCUCAUCGGCAUGGUGACGCGCAUGGGUACCGCAGCAGCUCUCCUUUGCCUCGCUGCCAGCAUCUUCACCUUCUGCUUCUUCCGCGGCCUGCAGAGCGACCGCAACACCAUCCACAAGAACCUCUGCAUCAACCUCUUCCUCGCUGAGCUACUCUUCCUAGUGGGCAUCAACAUGACAGAGCCGCCGAUUCUGUGCUCAGUCAUUGCUGGACUUCUUCAUUUCUUUUUCCUGGCCGUGUUUGCCUGGAUGUGUUUGGAGGGCGUGCAGCUCUACCUCAUGCUCGUGGAGGUCUUUGAAAGUGAAUUCUCGCGCCGCAAGUACUACUAUGCUUCGGCCUACCUCUUCCCGGCCUUGGUGGUCGGGAUCUCAGCGGCCAUCGACUACCAGAGUUACGGGACCAAGAGAGUCUGCUGGCUGAGGGUUGAUAACCACUUCAUCUGGAGCUUCAUCGGCCCUGUUGCUUUCAUUAUAAUGCUCAAUCUGGUCUUCCUGGUCGUGACCAUGUACAAGAUGCUGAAGCACUCCACCUCCGUGAAGCCCGACUCCAGCCGCCUGGAGAGCAUCAGGUCCUGGGUGCUGGGCGCAUUUUCCCUGCUGUGUCUUCUUGGCCUGACAUGGUCGUUUGGGUUGUUCUUUCUGAAUGACUCAUCUAUAGUGAUGGCCUACCUCUUCACCACCUUCAACACCUUGCAAGGAAUGUUCAUCUUCAUCUUCCAUUGUCUCCUGCAAAAGAAGGUGCGUAAAGAAUACAUCAAGUGCUUUCGUCAAUCCCAGUGCUGCGGUGGUCUGCCCUCUGAGGGCACACACAGUGCGGGCAAAACGUCCACGUCCCGUUCCACGGCGAGAUACUCCUCUGCUACCCAGAGCCGAAUUAGGAGGAUGUGGAACGACACGGUGAGGAAGCAGUCAGAGUCGUCCUUCAUCUCGGGAGACAUCAACAGCACCACCACGCUCAACCAAGGAAUGACUGGCAACUAUCUCCUAACUAACCCCCUGCUUCGAUCACACGACACUAACAACCCCUAUAAUAACCUCCUCGCUGAGACCGUCGUGUGCAACACACCUUCCCCGCCCGUCUUCCACUCGCCAGGCCAGCACUCACUGACCAACAGCCGGGACAUCAGCGCCAUGGAUACACUCCCCCUCAAUGGCAACUUCAACAACAGCUACUCGCUGUCACAGGACGAGGAUUAUGAGGGCGGGGCGCUGCGCUGCCCGGCUGAAUGCACCCUGGGUCUGGACGACACCGCCUUCGAGAAGAUGAUUAUUUCCGAGCUUGUGCAGAACAAUCUAAGGCCACGUGGGCCCUCCCGCGGCCCCGCCGAUCCCGAACCUGGGAGGGGGCGGGACAUAGAGCGGGGCCGGGAUCGUGGCCUGCCGGUCCGACAUGCCCAUGUUGGCAGAGCUGCGGGCAUCCUGGGUGCUGGCGGAAGUCAGGCUGACGGCGUCGUGACCGCGGCCGAUGCCCCGGCCUCUAGCGGUGAACACCUGGCGCUGGAGCUCCUCCUGCAUCCACACCAUCGGGAUGCCCUUGAGGCUCCACUUCUGCCCCAGCGGACUCACUCACUCCUGGGAACCAAGCAGGCCUCUCGCCAACCCCUCGGGUGCCACAGCGACCGAGAGGAAGGGGCGGAGGGCAAAGAGGAAGCAGGCACACCUUCAACAAAUAACCGGGACUCGCUGUACACGAGCAUGCCAAAUCUGAGAGACUCAUCUCCGUCGCCCUCAGACACACCCGCUGCGGCGGACAAGGCGGACGAAAGUUCGCCUUCCCCCUCCGCCCAGAGCGAGGCCGACGACCUGUGCCACAAGAGCCUGCCUGACCUGGGUGACAGCACCCAGCCACUCUCUUACUACCAAAUCAGCCGCCGGGGCACCAGCGAAGGCUGUGUCGGUAGCGGGCUCCCCGAGGGCUGCCAUCAGCCAGAGGGCGAGCCACCCAGGGACGGACAGAUGCAGCUCAUCACCAGCCUGUGAGGUGCUGGCCACUCCCCAUCGUUCUCUCCCCUGCGCUUAGCCCUCGUGGCCGGGCUGGCCGCCCCCGACAGGCAGGGAGCCAGAGGCACGGAGAGACUUUUACUUACUCUGGCUCCAAAAGCCCACGCACACUCCCCCCCUCCCCCAUUUAGUUGAUUUCUAAACUGCUCUGCCAUGGGACGGUAGAAGUGAGAAAAGCACACGGGGGGCGGGAUUGUGUGAAGGCCGGUGCUGUCCACAUGCCAGCCACCACUCUGUAUGAUAUACUCUACUGUACUCAUCAGCAAAGACAGCAAACAGGAACAUGCCAGUGCUAGUCUUUAGAACUGUCCUGAGGCAUACUGGCAUAGACUGCAGACAGGUUCUCGACCCCAGCGGCGUAUGGGGUCAUUCCACAACUCCUCAUUUGAACUGAAAUGAGGAAAAAGAAAAGAACCACUAUUCCUGACUCAGGCCUUAUAUUUUCUCUAUUGCACAUGUAACUGUUGUAAGGAUGACAGCCUAAGAAAAUUAUAUUUUGCUGUAACACAAGUGGAAAAAAAGAGGGGGAAAAGGCAAAAUAAAAUGACAGUUAAAAAAGAGUUAUAGCAACCAAAUUUGAAUUUUCAGAGAAAGCAUUUUAGGAAUGGGUUGCACUUUUCUUUGUUUGUGGGAAAGUGUGAAAUCUUCUUACACUUUGUCCAUUGUAGAAACUUUGAGAACAUGAAAAAGCCAAUAUUCACAUUUCCACUUGUGAACAGUGUGUUUGCUUUCAUCAGUUAUAAAUUUUGACAGUAAAAAACAAAUUCGCCAAUGUAUGUGUGAAGGGGAAACUUAUUUUCAUCAUAAAAGCUAUGUCUUGCACAGAUUUGGAGUGAAUUGGGCAUAUAUGUAAUUUAUUUUGGUGUAAAAUGCUUGGCAGUAAUUGUCAGGGGUAAAGAAUCUUGUGUCAACGCAAUGUCUUAAAAAAACAUAUCAGCAUUUGACACUAAAUAAUUUAUUAGAUGAAUUAUGGAAUAUUAUGAAAUAAAAAAAUUAAUGGAAUGAAAGUGUGUGCGAGAAUACGACACUGUUAAUAUUCAUUUCAAUCUUUUGUAGGAGCCCAUUGUCGGACGCUGAUGUAAAUUCAACUCAUGUUUGAUAUUGAAUAAAUGUGACAAUUUUUUU